CCGGACCCGAGGAGAGGAGCAACAUUUCAUAACAAACGUUUGAAUGAAUUAAACUAAAUUCGUGUAAAAAUGUGGAGAUGCGACGCUAAACAGCACGACUGUGGACAUCUGGCCGCGAAAGAGUGCAAGUUUAUGAUUAAGUUACGCGUUGUAUUUUGAAUCGUUCUCUGCAUGAUAUUAUAAUUGCAUUGCAGUGCAUGCAUGCAUAGUUAAUGCUAAGACAUGAACAACUUGCAUGUAGAUUUUAAAGCAAAUCACUACAUAAUUUCCCAUUAAUAAGUGAAUGUUUAUUCUACAUACUGUAUGCAUGAUCAUAAUAUGUUUUCAUAUGUCUGAUUUCAAUUGCAAGUGCACUACACUUGUCCUAAAGAAACUGGUAAAUGUCUAAAUAAUUAAUAACUGAUAAAAAAAAUAUGUCUGCUUUCUGCACAAGACACCUGCUCCAGAACUUCAGGUACUUGGUGCACCGGGUAUCGAUUCGAAUCCCGCCCCGUAGAGUGUUUCUCGUUAAAGGUACUCAUGUUUUUUCUCAAGCCCCUAAAGUGGGACUGUUGUGUUGGACUGCAUGUGGCAUCACUUACGCCGCUGGACAGGAAGCUGUCCUUCAGCGGAGGACCACAGAGAGGAAGUCAGUCGCCCGAGUGCAGAUCUACAGGUUAGUAUUCGUCUUGCGUUUGGGAAUCCGUGCCUUGGUGCUGCUUCUCAAAUUCAGCCCACUUCUGAUUCUGUAUCCCCUGAUGUUACUAUCACAACGUUGGGCGUCCCAUUGGUUGGACGCCCUGCUUUGGGCCACGGAAACAUCUGGACCUACUUUUAACAAACUGGGCCAAUGGGCCAGCACCAGACGGGACAUCUUCUCACGGGACUUCUGCGAGCGCUUCUCAAGGCUUCAUGUGCAGGUGAAGCCCCAUCCCUGGUCCCACACCAAGCUCUGUCUGAGGCGGGCGUUUGGGGAAGGAUGGAGGCAGAUGUUUGUGUUUGACGGUAAGGAGCCUGUGGGCUCGGGAUGCGUGGCGCAGGUGUACCGCGCCAAAGCCAAGGUGAAGAGCGUCGAAGAUCUGGCGUUCCUGAAGCUGGUGGAGGAACUGGAGAGGAACAGUCUCCUGGAGGCCUGGGAGAUCCCUGGUCUGGGAGGAGCUUUGAGUGACUUUUGGGAGACGUAUAAAGAUGAGGAAGAGACGGCGGACACCAAGACGAGGGACUUCGGAGAGAGACCUGGCCCAGGCGAACACCUGGAGGAAGAGCCUCUGAUUCCUGUGGCAAUUAAGGUUCUUCAUCCAGGAGUCAGGCAGCAGGUGCAGAUCGAUCUGAUCUUAAUGAAAGCUGGGAGUUUAUUCCUCAGCUGUUUGCCCGGCAUCAAGUGGCUCAGCCUGCCUGAGAUUGUAGAUGAGUUUGAGAAGCUCAUGACCAAACAGAUCGAUCUUCGGUUUGAAGCGCAGAACAUCGAAAAGUUCCAAAAGAACUUUAAAGAUCUGCAAUAUGUGAAGUUUCCGACGCCCCUCAGACCGUUUGUCACAAGGACUGUGUUGGUUGAAACAUAUGAGGAAAGUGAACCCAUCUCAAAAUACCUGAGUUCAGACGUUCCAGAAGAAAUCAAGCAGAGAAUUGCACGGAUGGGUGUCGAUCUUCUUUUGAAAAUGGUGUUUGUGGAUAAUUUCGUCCACGGUGACCUGCAUCCCGGGAACAUCCUGGUGAAGGGUGGGCAAGGAGAGGCACCCCAGGACAGGGCGACUCUGACAGACCUGUGCGACACUGUGGUGGUCAGCAUGAGACCAACUCCUCCGCCUCUACAGCUGGUGCUGCUGGAUGCAGGGAUCGUGGCGCAGCUCAGCGAGGCGGAUCAACGCAACUUCAGAGCCGUGUUCACUGCUGUCGUUCUUAAGCAGGGUGAGCGAGUUGCAGAGCUAAUCCUUCAUCACGCCCGUGCCAAUGAGUGCCAGGAUGUGACACGUUUCAAGAAGGAAAUGGCUGAACUAGUGGAUCAUGCGCUCAGUGACACGCUUUCCCUGGGAAAGAUUCAGGUGUCCCAGCUGCUGUCUCAAGUCUUUGGUUUACUGAUCCACCACAAGGUGAAGUUGGAGAGUAAUUUUGCAUCUAUAGUGUUUGCCAUCAUGGUCCUGGAGGGUUUGGGCAGAUCAUUAGACCCCAACCUGGACAUCCUGGAGAUCGCCAAACCCCUCCUGCUGAAAAACCUGCUCUGAUACUC